ACCAAUAUCGUAGAGCAUUCACUACGGCGUAGACGCGCUACGCAGCCUCCAGGGAGAACUUAGUCCGAGUUUAUAGUGAAUAUCAAGCUACGCAACAAUGAAUCACCCUCGAUCCAUAGCGAUGCUUGCUGCGCUGUGGCUGGUUGUUAGUGUCACUUCAACUCCUGUCCGCCGUUCGCCUGACCUUGAAGCUCGUCGUCGCAGUGCUAUCGACCGCAGCAUGAUCAGAUUCGGAAGAUCCACUCUGCCCGUCGUACCUCCAGCGCAGCCCAGCUUUUUGCAAAGAUACAGCGCGUCUCAGCCAGCGGCCCUUACUGCAGAUGACCUUAUGACUUUCCUCCGAGCCUACGAAGAGGAUUACAGCAGUCCCGUGUCCAAAAAGUCGGCUAGUUUUGUGCGAUUUGGUCGCGACCCUAGCUUUAUCCGGUUCGGAAGGUCAGUCGAUGAAGAAAACUCUGGUUAUCAAGCUGAAACCAACACUUACCCCCAACGGAGGCACAGAGCUCGCAAUCACUUCAUCAGGCUCGGAAGGGACAAUGAGCUCAGCGAAUCCAACGAUGAAGACAGAUAUGAAGUAGAAAGCGAAAGAACAAAAAGAUCCGUUGUUGACCCUUGCAAUGAUUGCGCUUAAAAUUUUAUCCGACAGAACCAAUUAAAAGUUAGCAUGUCAUAUGUUUCUAUUACAUUAUUACUAAAUGUGAAAUAUGUAGGUACAAAAAACCUCUGGUAGAUAGAUAAAUCCUAAAACUAUGUUAGGAGUUGUGUAACUAUUGAUGAUUUAAAAUGUAUUCAAGAACUCAGUAUUAAUUUUAAUAUAAGACAAUUAAUUUUUACCUUUAUAACUAGAUGCUUUUCAAAUCGGAAUACACUUAAAAAUCACUUAAAACGUUUGUUUCAUUAAGGUUAUUUUGCUGAAUAAACCAAAUUCGUUAUGUCUAAACAACUAUUAUAAAUUCUUAUAUAACUUCACUUUCAUUUAAAUGUCGCUGUUAAUUUCUCUAGUGUCAGCAUCUCAAGUCGAAGGCUGGGUUCCAAGAGGACUUAAGACGCUUAUACUAUGUUUAAUAAUAUAAUAAAUAAAGAUUAUACUUAAAAUAUGUAUAUUUAUAAAAUCUCGAUAUUAUAAGAUGUAGUGUGUACGAAUUGUUAAAAGAUCACUGAAUAAAGAACAUUUAUUGUG